AUGAAACUUAUACUGUGUCUGUUAAAAGUUAAUUAUUUUCUUUCAAUAAUAAAAAUAUCUAAUUUGCAAGUAAUAACGGAUAAUUAUGCUGAGAAAAAUUUAACAAACGGGGAAGGAAAUGAAAAAUUUUUAAACAGAAAACGAAGGGCAGUUGUGUUAUUACGUACGAUAAAAAUAUGGGAGGAUGGUAUCAUUCCUUAUGAGUUUGAUAGCAGGGUUAAUGGACAGCAGCAACAAUAUAUAAGACAAAGGAUGAGGGAGUGGGAAAGAUCAACGUGUAUUCAAUUUGUCCCACGAAAUAUAAAAAUCCAUCAAAAUUAUGUGAAUUUUACAAGUACCGAAUCAUGCAAAUGUUGUUAUUUAAAAACUAACAUUAAAAUUUAUAUAAACUUACACGAUUAUUGCUUUGAAAAAAGUACUAUUUUGCACGAAUUGGGACACGCUAUUGGUUUUCUUCAUGAACACAAUCGUCCGGAUCGCGACAAGUUCAUUCAAGUUCAAUAUUAUCAUAUCCAUGAAAAGUCUUUGCCACAAUAUAUAAAAUAUCCGAACCAUGGGGUUACAACUUUGGGUACAUCCUAUGACUAUUAUUCCGUAAUGCAUUAUGUUAAAAAUAUAGUUCCAAUCGGUCCAAUGGCAGAUUCAGUUUUGAAAACAGAAAAUUCGACACCCAGUGAUACUGACAUAGCAACAGCUAAUCUGAUGUAUAAUUGUUGCAGUUGCAAGACAAAUUUUUAUGAACCUAGCGGUGCGUUCGAGCAACCAAAUGAUGAUAAAAAUGGAAAAUUUAGUAGUUUUGAAAGGUGUGAGUGGAGAAUACGAGCAGCUGAAGGCGAACGAAUUCAACUCAACAUCUCUUCACUGAACAUUUGGAAAUCGUAUAAUUGUGUCCUUGAUUAUUUGGAAGUUCGCAACGGACAUGAUCCAAAUAGUGAAGUCUUGGCCCGUUACUGUGGAAAAAUCGAUCAACUCAUGGUAAUUGCUAGCAAUAUUAUACUAGUUACUUGGGUUAAAAUAACUCUUCAUUAUACUAGCAGCUCUUUUAAGGUCGAAUACAAAACCAUUUGUGGUAAUUUUGUCGAUUUAAAAAACGAUACUGCUUAUAAUUUUGAAUCACCAAAUUUUCCUGAGCCCUAUCAACCAAAUAAGCAGUGCCAUUGGAAUUUUUCAGCGCCAGAAAACCAUAAAAUAUCCUUAAAUUUUACUUUUUUCAAAAUUGAAAAAAGUGAAAAUUGUACAAAAGAUUAUAUUCGACUCAUAGAUGGUAAUGAUGUCGAUAGUCCGAUAUUUGGAAAUUUCUGUGGCGUUAAAAAUUAUUUGAAAAUUAAGUCAACAAAAAACAGUAGGAUUAAAACUAUCAAUCGAAUUUUAUAUCAUUUCGUUUUCAUGAAAACGAUGCAAAUAUUGUACUUGGUAUUUACUUCAAUAGUAUUUUCUAUUGAUUUGACCGUAAGUAUCGGUGAGUACUUUAAUUAUAGUAAAAAUGAAACAAAUACAACCGACUACUCAGAUUUUUUCAAUCGUUUUCGAAGAACAGUUGUUCACCUGAAUAAAAAAAAACUUUGGAAAGGCGCUGUUAUUCCUUAUGAUUUUGAUUUUGUUGUUACUGGUGAACAAAGAAGGCUGAUAAAAAUAGCAAUGAGGGAGUGGGAAAACUCGACAUGUGUCCAAUUUGUCAGUAGGAGUAAAAAAUUACACAAUCAAUAUUUGUAUUUUAUUAAACACCCACCAUGCGGACUAAUUAUUGCAGAUGUUGCAAUAUUGAAAGCAAUACUUUUAGGCCGGAUAAGUUUCGAUAAUUUUUGCUAUCACAAACAUAUCCUUCUCCAUGAAUUAGGCCAUGCAAUUGGAUUUCAUCAUGAACACAAUCAUCCAGAUCGUGAUCAGUACAUUAAUGUUAAUUUUUCUAUCAUUGACCCAAAUAAAAGUGAAAAGUCAGUUUCAAAAGUAUCUACCAAGCCAAGCCGAUACACUCGGCUUACCGUAUGA